AUGCCGCGACCAAACAACUCCAUCUCCAGCUUCCUCCCGCCGCUCCAUGUGUACCGCCAUCUCCUUCGUGAAUGUACCUAUCUCCCCCCCGCGUGGCGAUCCCCGAUCAUCUCCACCAUCCGCGAACGAUACCGAAACUACCGCAAGAAUGACGACCGACAACAGAAGCAUCGCGCCCGCGCAUUCCAACUGCUCAACACCCUGAGGUCGGCCAACGAUGGUCACAGAGCCUCGAUGCAAAACUUUAUGCGUAUGGCCUUUGGCAGACAAGGGAUUCGCCGGCGGAAGCUGAUGAAGAGUUUCGUCUUCCCGGACACUGGCCCAAACAACUCGGAGGACUUGGAAGCUUUCCUGCAUGCGACCGACAACACCAGGGCAAAGGUCAAGUCUGGCGACAAAAGCCCACCCACCAGCCAGCUCGAUGGAACGGCGACUAUAAACUCCGACAAGAGACCCAAACACGCCUUCCACCUCGACUGGGAUAAACCGAAGCUACUCAAACUUCUCUCAAGCCAGCGAACGAUGGAGAAGGCCAACCCCCUCAUCUGGCUCUCCCGCGAAAUCAGAAAUCUCGAAGAAGACCAAUAUGUCCCCAAGACCACCAUCUGGGGCAAGCCGCCCGUCGAGGACCUUGUCAACUCUAAAAAGGGCACAUGGUGGAAGAAGGCUGCGGCCAAGAUGAUGGUUCCCCUCGAAAAGAACGAGUGGGAGGUGCUUGGCCGACUGAGCGCCGGUGCCCAAGACGUCGACGAGGAUUGGAAGAUUUCCGAGCGACGAGCGCCUGGGAAGCUCCUACACGACGAUAAAUCAACGUCCAGUGCGGUAGAUUGGGACUGGGAGGGCUACGCUAGCUACAACGUCAAUCAAGUCGAGCGGGAAAAGUCCCCGAAGCGAAUCCGGCGUACCGGUCAGGAAGAUACCGGGCCAUACCAGGCACAGCUGGCUCGGCGGGAAAUCACUCCACGAUGGUACAGGCGAGCAUACACGAGGCUCUGGCAAAUCACACCGGUGAUGGAGCAGGACCCGCGGUCGUUGAAACAAAAUUUCUCUUGGGGCACUUCACGAUCUGGUCUAAGGCCAGCGAGGAAGUCCCAGCUCGACGUUUUUGAAGGCGUCAAUGACAAGGGCGUAAAGCUACCGGAUCCUCCCAGCAACAGCUCCUGA